UGGAAUUUUGUGACUGAAAAACAGAAAGAUGGCCAAAAUCAGCACUCAGCACUCCUAUCCUACCACACGCAGACUCUCAAUCAGGAACACUGAUGAAGACCUAGAAAGAGUUGAAAAUGGCACCAGCAGGGCUCAUUCCCCAUGUGAGGACUCAUCAUCAGAACUGCAACGAGUGAUUACCAUGGAGACCAGAGCCCCAUCUGAAUCCCGGCAAAGUUCUAUCACAAGCCAAAGGCCAGCCAGGUUGUCAAGACUCAUUCUUUCACUUAGAGCAUGGGCUUCAAGACAUAUACAUCAUGAAGAACAAAGACCAGAUUCUUUCCUGGAGCGUUUCCGAGGGGGAGAACUCAAAGAGUUGUCUAGCCGAGAAAACUACAUCCAGCCCAACUUAGGUAUCCAAGAGCAACCUGAAGGCAUAUGUGGUAGCUGGCCGCUGGCCAGAUAUAAUAUCAACACCUGCAACAAUACCAGCGAAGACAAAAAGGAGGAAAAGGAGGAGAAAAAGAAGGAAAAGGAAGAAGAGAAAAAGGAUAAACCUUCAAAGGAAAAGAAAGAAAUCUUUAUGAUAGAUCCUUCAAGCAACCUGUACUAUAGGUGGCUGACCAUUAUCGCCAUGCCUGUCUUCUACAACUGGUGCAUGCUUGUGAGCAGAGCCUGUUUUGAUGAACUUCAAAGUGACUACUUGAAGAUGUGGCUGAUCUUGGAUUAUACUUCUGAUGCCAUCUAUGUUUUGGACCUGCUAGUUCGAAUGAGGACAGGCUUUCUUGAACAAGGUUUAAUGGUCAAAGAUGCAGAGAAACUCAGAAAGCAUUAUAUGAGCACCUUUCAGUUCAAGCUGGAUGUACUAUCUCUGGUCCCCACUGACUUGGCUUUUUUAAAAGUGGGACUGAACUAUCCUGAGUUGAGGUUCAAUCGUCUGCUGAAAUUUGCCAGGCUAUUUGAAUUCUUUGACCGCACAGAAACCAGGACCAACUAUCCUAAUAUAUUCAGGAUUGGAAAUCUUGUCUUGUACAUUCUGAUUAUCAUCCAUUGGAAUGCAUGUGUCUACUUCGCCAUUUCUAAGCUCAUUGGAUUUGGGACUGAUUCCUGGGUUUACCCCAACACCUCUAUCCCAGAAUAUGGGCGCCUGUCCAGGAAAUACAUUUAUUGUCUCUACUGGUCCACCCUGACUCUGACUACCAUUGGGGAGACUCCUCCCCCUGUCAAAGAUGAGGAGUACCUUUUUGUGGUGAUUGAUUUCCUGGUGGGAGUGCUGAUAUUUGCCACCAUUGUGGGUAAUGUUGGCUCUAUGAUCUCCAACAUGAAUGCCUCUAGGUCUGAAUUCCAGGCUAAAAUCGACUCCAUAAAGCAGUACUUGCAAUUCCGAAAAGUAACCAAGGACUUGGAGACCCGGAUCAUCAGAUGGUUUGACUACCUAUGGACCAACAAGAAGACAGUUGAUGAAAAGGAAGUUCUCAAAAGCCUCCCAGACAAGCUGAAGGCUGAGAUUGCCAUCAAUGUGCACCUGGAUACCCUAAAAAAGGUACGCAUUUUCCAGGACUGUGAGGCAGGCCUCCUAGUGGAGCUGGUCCUAAAGCUUAGGCCUGCAGUGUUCAGCCCUGGUGAUUAUAUUUGCAAGAAGGGGGAUAUCGGAAGAGAAAUGUACAUCAUCAAAGAAGGCAAGUUGGCAGUAGUGGCGGAUGAUGGUGUCACUCAAUUUGUGGUCCUCGGUGAUGGAAGCUACUUUGGGGAAAUCAGCAUCUUAAACAUCAAAGGGAGCAAAACUGGGAACAGAAGAACAGCCAACAUCAGGAGUAUCGGUUACUCGGAUCUAUUCUGCUUGUCCAAAGAUGACUUAAUGGAGUCUCUCAUUGAAUAUCCAGAAGCCAAAAAGGCUCUGGAAGAGAAAGGACGGCAGAUUCUAAUGAAAGACAACUUGAUAGAUGAGGAUGUGGCUGGGAGCGGAGGAGAUCCAAAGGACAUGGAAGAAAAGGUGGAGAGACUUGAAUCUUCUCUGGAUAAUUUACAAACUAGGUUUGCUAGGCUCCUGGCAGAAUAUAAUAGCACCCAAAUGAAAGUCAAGCAGAGACUGAGCAAACUUGAGAGCAAAGUAUGUGGAAGUGACUUAUUGGAUGGAGAGAACAUUGUUAGUGGAGAUGCCGAGAAAGAUAAAGACAAAAAGCAAUAAGGAAAUAAAGCCAUUUUGCUUAGUUGGUUACAGUAAGGAUAAUGCCAUAUUCAAAUACAUACCCCAAAACAUAUACAUAUAUACAUAUGAGCACACACAAUUAUUUUUAUAUGGAAUUCAAGAAGGUUUUAGACUUUUUAAUGAACUUGUAGGGGGAGAAAAAACAUAUAGUUACCAGAGAAGAUUUUGGUUGGAGAAAUGGGGAUGGUGAGUGAUCCCAAGCAAAGGCUUGGGUAAGUUAUAUGGAGUAUUCCUUUCAUGAAUUAGUUUGUCUUGUUCCAGGGAUUAUUCACCCUUUUGGGGUACGGACAUCUUUGGCAGUAUGGGGAAGCCUUCUCUGACUAAUAUUUCAAAUGUAUAAAAUAAGAUAUUUACAAUUAUAAAGGAAACCAAUUUUAGCUAUAUAUAGCUAUCAAAAUCUUUUUUAAAAAACAAAAAUACAGAUUCACAGACCCCAAGUUAAACAACCAUUGGCUUCUAAUGUUACUUCUAACUCUCAAAUUCUGUGAUUCUAUAAUUUCCAUAGAAGGAUGAUUUCUUAUAAACAGAAUACAAAAUGUUGUUUUUCUCUUUUUUUUUUCUCCCUGAAAAGAAAUUUGGGUUAUUGCUUAGGAGGAUAGAUGGGGCUCAGUGAAGGCAAUAACUAUGCUCUGAUAGUUUGGGACUCAUUUUCUGGUUGAAAUUCUCUUUAAAAACUGACCAACCUAAAGUUAGAUUCAGUCAUGGUAAGAAGGAGGUUCCUAUCUGUGGAAAAUGUUACAUACCAAUCUUCAGGUACUGAACAGCAGAACCAUAUGCUGGACCCACUUUGCCCAUUGAACUGACUCAAUUUGAGAAGUGGUGGGAUGGGAAGUUGUAUGAAGAAGUUCUUUGCAGGUAAAGAUAAAUCAGUAAACAUUUAUUAAAUACCUAGUAUGGGCAAGGCACUAUUCUAAGUGCUGGGGAUACAAAGAGGCAAAGGACAAUAUCUGCCUUCACAAAGCUCACAACCUAAUAGGAGACAGCAAACAAAUAUGCACAGAUUCCAUAUAGGAAAAACAAGAAAUAAUUAACAAAGGGAAAGCACUAGAAUUAAAAAAUGUGGGGGAAAGCUUCUUGUGGAAGAUAGGAUUUUAGUUAGAAGUUAGUGAGAGAGAGAGAGAGAGAGAGAGA